AUGCGUAACCCAUUCCUGAUCAUUCGGUUCAUCUUCCUCUCACUCCUGUCAUUUCUGAAUCUGUUGAAUUUGAUUUUUGCGUCGUGGAACGCCAGUGCUGCCAUAAACGCGAACAUAGCUCUUCCUGGAGCGUCCCUCUUUUUGGUUUUUAACUCUGUCACGAGCAUCUUCUUCUUGGGGCUCGGUCUUCUGGAGCUCGUUGCGCCCAAUUUCGCUGGAACAAGUGUUGCAUUUGAAUCUGGCUGGUCAGCUGUACUGAGCUUGUCAUCCAUUGGCUCUGCCAUAGGUGUAACAAUCAGUGCAGCUAUCUUUAUCAGACAAACUACCGAAUCAUCCGUGACUGCAUCGUCGUUCUUGUUGAUGCCUACUACUUGGCUCACGAGUUUGACCAUGCUCGGAUACUUCUUUAUCCUGUUUGUAUCUGCUAUGACCCACGCCUCCUUCGAAGAGGAGAUUUGGACCAAACCUGUUUGUCAAGUCAAGUGGUUCGGAUAUACCAACUCAAGACUCAGAUCUUCUGAUGUCAGUAAUCCUCGCGAGUUGCCAGGCCUUGAAAACGACUCUUGGGCGCGUUAUCUCGAUGGCAUAGAAUCUUCGGGUGUUCGCAAAGCUCGGCACCCCGUGACAGAUCCUGAAAAGGCACCUUGGGCAUCUACACACGUCCGUCGGGGUCGAGACUCCCCUUUCCGAACUCCCAUCAAACGGGAAGAUUCCGACAACUCCGAUACGUCGAGCGACUCGUCGUUUUCCCUCGGCGCUCGCGACAGCGCUCCGUUGCCACCUCUACCUCUCAACGUCCAAGUCAAAGGUAGCAAAUCAGUCGCAGGAUCGCGUUUCAUUGAGCGUUUCCGCGAAUCACAAACCCUUUCUCGACCGACUCGACCCGUUAUCGACUUUCCUCACGAAGUUGAUGAUCACGACAAGCCUAUUCCGUUGACUCGCCUGUCACAGUGGAUUAGGGCCGACGCGAUAAAAGCAUUUUCUUCGCGUCACUGA